AUGGACCCCAGGGGGCCAGCCCCCAAGCCUUUCCAUCGGCCUGAGAAACCUGGUCGUGUCCGCCGUCGGAAGACCAGGCGGGAGCUUAACGAGGCCCUGGUGGGCAGUCGCCGGUCAUUGGCCCAUCAGGAUCCUGCUGUGGCCAGUCGGGAUCCACAUGUGGUCCUCCGGAAUUCUGUGGCGCCUGCUGACCCCAAGCACGUGGUCAUAACCCAGGGGCGCCUGAGCCGGGAGCACCGGGGUCUCUUCAACCACGAAGUGAAAUCUCUGGACGUGGCACGGCUGCUUAGCAGUGGGUCCCUAGAGUCAGGCACCCCUGCACUUCCCACCAAGUCCUCCCCAAGCCCAGGCAGGGCCCAAGAACCAGCCCCACCGUCAAGGGGCAAGGAAAACCAAGUGCCUGGAGCCUCGGGCCCAGUCCCCCCCAGUCCCCCCCAGCUCCCUGGCUUGGGGCAGCUGCUGGGGGAGCUGCAAUGCCAGCUGAUUCUGCCACAGGCCUUCCCCAGGAGGAACCUAGUACAAGAGUCCAGGGAUGCCAUUGUGGGCACUUUACAGGCCUGCCAUGGCUGCGUGCCUGACCUUACCCUGGUGCUCCGGGGCUGCCAGCCACACUUGCCAGGGACCAAGCCUAGGGGCCCUACGAGACAAAGGAUGACACCCUCCUGGAUCAACAGCCCUGAGGAGGCCCCAGGGGAGGGGAGGCAGAGGAGGCGAGAGGGGACAAAGGAGCUCACCUUUGCAGUGCCUCACACCUCCAGCACUCCUACUGUGUACCCGGUGAAACUGGCACCACCUAAAGAUCCCUGGCCACCCCCAUUGUCCUCGUUGCCUUCACCAUCUGGGGCACCCUGCGGCCCCCCAACAGCCUUUGAUCUGCUGAAAAGCAUCUGGCUGGUAGACACACCUCCCCCUCCCCGGCCUUGGGGGAUUGGCCCACCACAACCCCUGCCUCAGCCACCAUCACCCUUGUUGUCCCGAACCUCUGCCCUGGACUGGAGCCCCAGCCCCCCUGCCCCACUUCCCAGCCUCUCCUGGGUGGUGGCCCGGAGCAGCCCAGAGGCCUGGUGCUUUCCACCCAUGAGACUGUACUGA